GGAAUACAGUUGGAGAAAAGUCGCUGUAUUCUGUGUCAACCAGAUUUGGAUCUGAUGAUAACUUUCUAUUACAACGCUCUUGCCUAACUGACCGGUCACACCUGUUGUCACUCAAGUAUUUUCAAUAUUCACGAAUCUUGAAAGAGCUAGUCAACACAUCUGUAUUGGUGAAAAUGGAAGAGAUGAAUUUCACAGCAGAAUUUAUCCAGAACGAAACGUUGAACAAAACGAACGAAACUGUUGGUUUGCCAGAACACUUGCUAUUCAAUGAAGAAAUCGCCGGCGAAAUCGUAGCUUAUAGUUUAUUGCUGGUGGUGGCUGCGGUGGGGAACGUUUCGGUUUUCGUCACUCUGCUUCGUACUCGCCAGAGAAAGUCCAGGAUCAAGUUAAUGAUCCUUCAUUUGACUGUUGCCGAUCUCAUUGUGACUUUUAUCAUGAUUCCACUGGAGAUUGGCUGGAGGAUCACAAUGAAGUGGGUAGCUGGAGACGCCGCAUGUAAAAUCAUGCAAUUUCUUCGGGCUUUCGGUCCUUACCUCUCUUCAAUGGUUUUGGUCUGUAUUAGCCUAGACAGAUAUUUUGCUAUCUUACACCCUUUGAAAGUAAACGACGCCCAAAGACGAAGUAAGAUCAUGUUAACAUUCGCAUGGGUGAUAAGUGUCAUCUGCAGCAUUCCACAGUGUGUGUUGUUCAAGGUUCAACAUCAUCCAGAGUUCCCAGAGUAUACACAGUGUGUCACUUUUGAAUUUCUCUCGGAUCCUUGGCAAGAUAGGACCUAUAACAUCUUCUGUAUUCUAGUCCUCUACGGAGUUCCCUUGAUUAUCAUCAUUUAUUGCUAUUCUAAGAUUCUGUGGGUCAUCACCCGACGUUCCCGAGAUAAUGAAGGAGAUUUAUCCCAAGAGCAGCAAUUCCAUGGACGUCUUCGACUUCGAAGGUCCGACAUGACUCGUAUAGAAAGAGCUCGUACACGAACUCUCCGAAUGGCCAUAACCAUCGUCUCUGCAUUUUUCUGGUGCUGGACGCCGUACGUUGUGAUGGUUCUUUGGCAUCAAAUAGAUAGGGAAUCGGCAAACAAAGUGGAUUCCAAAAUCCAAUCUUCGCUAUUUAUAUUCGCAGUUUCCAAUUCCUGCGUCAAUCCGUUGGUGUAUGGAAGUUACGCUAUCAACUUUAAGCAUGUCUUCAAAACCUGUUUCCUUGGGAUAAUCUGCCCAAGAAAUUCGAUUCGCUUUGGAUCUCGCCGCAUGGCCUCCACUAACGGCACUAGAGACACUCAGUUUGAGCCACGUGACCAAUGGCCACCGCGAGCAAUGGCUGUUACCGUUGAUGCUACUGGAGCAAAGCCUUGCUGCAAACUGUUAACUCACCAACUGAAUCGGCCGGUUUAAUUUAGUCCAGUCCUAUAAAUCAUUAAAUAUUUGAUGUAUCCAGAAGUGGACUAGUGGCUAUCUGCUAAAUUGUGAAUCCAAGAACCUAUAAUUCUCGUUCCAUUCCCGAUAAACAAACAUAAAAAGCUCUCUCAACACUUUAAGAGUCAUAGGUGUAAGAUUGACAGUCAAAUUUCAUUAAUCAAUUAAAGUAACACAAG